GUAGCCAUUAUAGUACUAGCUAGGGCGGUACUGAGACAAACGGUCCAAGCUCACAAUUCCAACUAGUCUACCGUACUAUCCUUCCAUGGGUCCUUGCGCUGUGGCCAUUGUUAUAUUUUUUUUGUCUAGACGCCUUGAUAUCCACAAGACGCCAAUGGAUGCUGUUCCAGGCCAACUACCAAGGACCAUUGUAUAUAAAGCCAUCGAAUUUAUCCAAACUACCAAUAUCCUCCUCUGUGCCAAUGUUCUCCCAAAGGCUUGCUGACUACUACCAAAGACGCGAGAAGCUUAUCAAAGAGGACCGCGCUUUGCGAAUAGACCAUGUUCGUUCGAAUUACACUGCAGCUGAAUGGAAGGCAGAUGAAGUUGUGCGCUCCAUCCGUGCUAGAGAAGCUACCACUGUUUGGGGAAUUGAUCACAAAGAUGUCCCUCAUCCAUACCCAGGGAUGGAGUUCUUGAAUGCCAGAGACAUUAUUCUACAGACGGAUCUCUACAGUAAGAUAGUCUCCAAAAUGCCAAAGGGUGGGCUAUUGCAUGUGCACCAGAACGCAUCGGUGGAGGCGAGAACACUUCUUGAACUAGCACUGGGUCAUCCCGCGAUACAUAUCCGCGUCCCGGGUCCGUUGGAUGCGGCUUCUCUUGAAACUGUGCUGCCAGUAAUUCAACCAAUUCCUGUGGAACAGUAUCCUGCCCCCGAAAUUGGUAUCACGGAUGCUUCAUACACCGGCGGCUGGGUUCCUAUCAAGAAGGCGCGAGAGCUGUUCGAUCCUGCACUAGAUGGCCCUGCUGGAUUUGAUAAGUGGGUUCUCAGCGCCUUUAUGAUCAAUCCCAGUGAUGCAUACAAUACGUACAAUACACCAAUGAAAAUCUGGAUGAAGUUUGGGAGUACCUUUGGCGUGACUGAUCCCAUUAUCCGUUUUGUGCCGAUUCAAAAGGAAUACUUGCGGAUGUUCGUUCGCUCAUCGAUAAAUGAUGGUAUCUCGUAUAUUGAGGUACGAACUAGUUUUUUCAAAAAAUAUAUACUUGCAGAAGACGCGAAGACCAAGCUUGAAUUACGUGAACUACUCUUGAUAUUCCAAGAGGUCACGAACGAAAUCAAAGCAGAAAUGAAGGCGAAAGGUCGAGAAGACGAUUUCGCUGGGCUGAAGAUUAUCUAUAAUACCCUGAGAAUCGUCUCCCCCGAGGAAUUGGAAUUAGAACUAGAACAAUGCAGCAGAUUCAAGCAGGAAUUCCCGGACCUUAUUGCUGGAUUUGAUCUCGUGGGCCACGAAGAUGGGGCGGAGUGUAAACCACUUAUUGAUUACGCAGAACCACUUUUGCGUUUCGCCGAGGAGCAUCCGGACAUCCCGUUCAUCUUCCAUGCUGGUGAAACUCUAGGUGAUGGCACUGCAGCGGAUAUGAACCUAUAUGAUGCCAUUCUUCUCGGAACGAAACGCAUCGGACACGGCUUUUCAUUAGCUAAGCAUCCAAAAUUGAUGCAAAUCUGUCGAGAGAAGAAAAUAGCAAUCGAAGUCUGUCCUAUAUCAAAUGAAGUACUGCGUCUUACCUCAUCGAUGCCUAUGCACCCCCUCCCGGUAAUUAUGAAUCAAGGCAUUCCGGUGGUACUAUCUUCCGAUGAUCCUGCAAUGUUCAAUAGUAUGGGGUUGUCCUUUGAUUUCUUCCAGGUACUAGUAGCAAGUGAAGUUACGGGACUCCUAACUCUUGGUCAGAUGGCCCGUGACAGCAUUACGUAUUCCAUGCUAGAUGAACAGAGCAAGCGCGCGGCUAUGGAUGCAUGGGAAAGACGGUGGGCCAAAUUCGUAGAAGAGGUUGCGGCGAUGGGUCCGUGAUUCAGUGAAACUUUGGCUACCCGUGAUAGAAAUAUAGAGCUAUGCAAUG